GUAAACCUGCUCUCACUCGUCGGUUUGUAGUGAUGUCAUCAACGUGCGCGGAAGCCGGGAAAGAAGGCUAAUUCGAAAUUACGACUAAAUAAAACUCGGAAGAAGAUGUCCAGUGCAUCAAUUUAAAUCGAAAAAAGGCAUUUCUGAUUACAGUUAAGAUGGCAGCUGCUGCUAAAACCCCUCCUGGUGCUGACCCGAAGCAGCUGGAGCGUACAGGGACUGUCCGCGAGAUCGGAUCUCAGGCCGUAUGGUCACUGUCCUCUUGCAAACCUGGGUUCGGAGUCGAUCAGCUGAGGGAUGAUAACCUGGAGACGUACUGGCAGUCAGACGGCUCUCAGCCUCACCUUGUCAACAUCCAGUUCAGGAGGAAGACGACAGUGAAGAUGCUCUGCAUUUAUGCAGAUUAUAAAUCUGAUGAGAGCUACACUCCCAGCAAGAUUUCAGUCCGGGUCGGGAACAACUUCCACAACCUGCUGGAAAUCCGGCAGUUGGAGAUGGUGGAGCCGAGCGGUUGGAUCCAUAUUCCCCUCUUGGAUCUGGUGAACAACCCCAUCAGGACUUUCAUGAUCCAGAUCGCUGUGCUGGCCAACCACCAGAAUGGCCGUGACACACACAUGCGCCAGAUUAAAGUGUACACACCCGUGGAGGAGAGCUCCAUUGGCAAAUUCCCACGAUGCACCACUGUCGACUUCAUGAUGUACCGCACCAUCAGGUGACCUGGGCGGCAUCCGAUCUCCAGCUGAUUAACAUGGGGAAGUUACGAGACAUGACUAGUCAUAAUGAUACAUGCAUCAUCCCUCCGGCUGUUCUCAUUAAUGGGGAUUUGAAAUGGAAAAAUAAUGAACCCUUUCUGAUGUAUUAACUUGAAAUGUCUUUACUGUAAUGUGUUUUGAGAAUUGUUUGUUUGUUGUACAGGUAAUAAAGUUGGUUUUUUUGUUUGUUCA